UUCGGUUUAUGUAUGAUUAAAGAACAUUGUACUAACUUUUCCCACGAUCUUUUUCCGGUUGACUAAGAUUCAGGACUUGACCGACCGGUCAACUGUUUCAUCCACCAUCUGAUAUUUAUAAAUCGGUCAGCCAUCUAAUCCACCGUCUGGUAAUAAAAAUCCGGUUUGAUUUACGUCUGAUUGAUUUAUUUAUUGUAAUAAUAUUGAGCUACUAAUAGACGGCGGUUAAUAUUAUAAGUUACGUGUAUCCCAAGAUGUCUUUAAUCACUGAGAUUAACAUAAACCUAUAUAUUUAAUUAAUGCUAAACAUAACAAUAUUAUUUAACUAAUGCUAAUCAUAACAGCACGGGUUGAUGGCGCAGUUAGUUAGGUCGCUGUGGUGGCGCAGUUGGUUAGCGCGCGAGUCUCACAGCUAUUGAGUGAUCUCGAGUUCGAGAGUUCGAACCUCUCUUACCCCAUAAUAUUUUUCGUCCUCCUUAAGCCUCUCUGUUUCUCUCUAGCAUUGACCUUUUCCAGUUUUGUCCUCUCUCCACUUCUGUAAUCUUCUUACAUCCUCACACGAUUUUUUUUAUUUCCGACAGACCACAAAUUCAGACAUCGGAGACGCUAAUUUCAUUUCAUUUCAUUUCAAUUCGAAUCCUUUCGAUCUCUCUCCAAUUGAUCAAUAAUGCACGGUGAAGUACAAUUGCAGCCACCAGAUUCUCAGAAGCUCAGUGAUUCCGCUCCCUUAUUAGGAACCUCUCCAUCAUCGUCUUCUUCUUCCGAUCACGAGAUAAACGCUGAAGAAGAUUUGGAGAGUGGCGGCGAUUCCGCUACAGCUCCUUGCUGUCGCAUCUGUCUAGAGAACGAUUGCGAGUUGUUAGGAGAUGAAUUGAUAUCGCCGUGUAUGUGCAAAGGCACUCAGCAACUCGUGCAUCGCUCGUGUUUAGAUCAUUGGCGUUCUGUUAAGGAAGGGUUUGCGUUCUCUCAUUGUACUACUUGCAAAGCUCAGUUUCAUCUCCGCGUUGAGCCUUUUGAGGAUAACAACUCUUGGCGGAGGAAAGUUAAAUUUAGAGUGUUUGUCGCUAGGGAUGUGCUUUUGGUCUUCUUCGCUGUGCAGACUGUUAUUGCCGUGAUGGCUGGAUUUGCAUACAUGAUGGAUAAAGACGGAGAGUUUCGCAACUCUUUCAAUGAUAAUUGGGAUCGUAUAUUGUCUAAACAUCCCAUCCCCUUCUACUAUUGCAUCGGGGUUGUGACCUUCUUUGUGCUGACUGGGUUUCUUGGCCUCGUUCUACACUGCUCUUCUCUCAACGGUAAUGACCCGAGGAUGGCUGGUUGUCAGAACUGCUGUUACGGAUGGGGGAUCUUGGAUUGUUUCCCUGCGUCAAUGGAAGCUUGUUUCGCUCUUGUUGUUGUCUUUGUUGUUAUAUUUGCGAUUCUUGGUUUAGCGUAUGGGUUUCUUGCUACGACUAUGGCUAUUCAGAGGAUAUGGCAGAGGCAUUACCAUAUCCUCACUAAGCGAGAGCUCACGAAGGAGUAUAUUGUGGAAGAUCUUCAUGGAUGUUACACUCCCCCGAAGCUGGAUGCUGAGCACGAAGGAAGAUUGAAAAUGCUGAAACUUAUGUGACCUUGCUCUAGUUGCAAAUAAAAGGUUAUAUGGAGUUUGUUCAUGAAUGUCUUUUGUUACGCGGUGAUAAUAAGCAAUGAAGUACGUUGUAUUUCUCUAUAUAUAUGUAUGAGAUGAAGCAACACUACUGCUUUAGUAGUGAGUACUAAAGAUAUUGAGAUCAAA